UCCAAAGCCAUUACAUCUGCAGAAUUCACCUUUGUCCCGUAUACACCAAACCCCCAGGCAUAAAGCUUUAUCUAGUGAGAAACCAAGGAUGGAGGAAGUUAAACCUGCCUCUGCUUCUUGUGUCUCAAAAGAAAAACCCAGUAAGGUAUCAGAUCUCAUCAGCCGCUUUGAAGGAGGCAGCACAUUAUCAAAUUACAGUGAUUUGAAGAAAGACUCUGGUGUGAACCUGAAUGUUCCUAGAACCCCAGGAAGGCAUGGACUGACAACCACCCCUCAGCAAAAGCUCCUCUCCUCACACCCACCUCCGAAGCCGGAAAAUGACGCAGAUCCAACUCAGGGUGUACAGACUGGUGUGGCUAAUGGUGUGAUAGCAGGACCAAACCAGAUGGAAUGUGAGGAGGAUAAAGUGGCCACUCGUAGCCCAGAAACUCCAGUUCAAACCUCUGAACACUUGCAUGCUGUGAACUUAGUGAAUGGAGAAGGAGAGGAGGAAGCGACCACAGGCCCUGCAUCCCCCACAGCAAAGGACUAUGACAGAAAUGUUUCUGACAGUACCUGCAGGACUGCCAGAGUCAGCCAGGUGCUCCCCCUAGAAGAAGAAAGGGCGGACACAGAAGCCAAGGUGCAAGAGCGGGAAGAUGGAGAAAGCCCUCUGGAACUGGACCAGCUGGACCAGCACCACGAGAUGAAGGAAACUAAUGAGCAAAAGCUUCACAAAAUAGCCAACGAACUUUUGCUUACAGAAAGAGCUUAUGUCAACCGACUUGACCUCUUAGAUCAGGUAUUUUACUGCAAAUUAUUAGAAGAAGCAAAUCGAGGCUCAUUUCCAGCAGAGAUGGUGAAUAAAAUCUUUUCUAAUAUUUCAUCAAUAAAUGCCUUCCAUAGUAAAUUCCUAUUGCCAGAGCUGGAAAAACGAAUGCAAGAAUGGGAAACAACCCCUAGAAUUGGUGACAUCCUUCAGAAAUUGGCACCAUUCCUUAAGAUGUAUGGAGAAUAUGUGAAGGGAUUUGAUAACGCUAUGGAAUUGGUUAAAAACAUGACCGAGCGUGUUCCCCAGUUCAAAUCAGUAGUUGAAGAAAUUCAGAAACAGAAGAUCUGUGGGAGCUUGACUUUGCAGCAUCACAUGCUAGAACCUGUUCAGCGGAUUCCCCGGUAUGAGAUGCUCCUGAAGGACUACCUAAGGAAAUUGCCCUCUGAUUCUCCCGACUGGAAUGAUGCUAAAAUGAGGCUGGAGAUUGCCACACUUAGAACGCAGUGGACAGUUGAUGAUAGGUCUUUAGGGUUCUCUUCUAGAAAUUUCAACAACAUGUUGCUGUACUGUGUACCAAGAUUCAGCUUGGUGGGCUCUAAAUUCACAGUUCGAACCAGGGUUGGCAUCGAUGGAAUGAAAAUUGUGGAGACUCACAAUGAAGAAUAUCCACAUACUUUCCAGGUAUCUGGAAAAGAGAGAACAUUGGAACUGCAAGCCAGUUCUGAGCAAGACAAAGAAGAAUGGAUCAAGGCUCUUCAAGAGACCAUUGAUGCUUUCCAUCAGAGGCAUGAAACCUUCAGAAAUGCAAUUGCAAAGGACAAUGACAUGCACUCAGAGGUUUCUACUGCUGAGCUGGGGAAAAGAGCUCCAAGAUGGAUCCGAGAUAAUGAAGUAACGAUGUGUAUGAAAUGCAAAGAAUCUUUCAAUGCACUGACAAGAAGAAGGCAUCAUUGUCGAGCAUGUGGACAUGUGGUUUGUUGGAAGUGUUCUGAUUACAAAGCUCAACUUGAGUACGAUGGUGGAAAAUUAAACAAAGUUUGUAAAGACUGUUAUCAAAUAAUAAGCGGAUUCACAGACAGUGAAGAAAAAAAAAGAAAAGGAAUUUUAGAGAUUGAAUCAGCAGAAGUAUCUGGAAACAGCGUAGUGUGCAGCUUUCUUCAGUAUAUGGAAAAGUCAAAACCUUGGCAGAAAGCUUGGUGUGUGAUCCCCAAACAAGACCCUCUUGUGCUGUACAUGUACGGUGCCCCCCAGGAUGUCCGAGCCCAGGCCACCAUUCCACUCCUCGGCUAUGUUGUGGACGAUCUGCCAAAGAGUGCAGACCUGCCCCACAGUUUCAAACUGACCCAGUCCAAGUCUGUGCACAGCUUUGCUGCAGACAGUGAGGAACUGAAACAGAAGUGGCUGAAAAUCAUCUUUUUAGCUGUCACAGGUGAGACACCAGACGGUCCCAACAAGCUUCCAACCACCUUGGAUGAUCAUGCUGAACCUAAGAAAAAAUCAGAAUGCUGAACUCCAGGACUAUCCAUGAUGUGGAGGUCUCAAGAUUUACAGCUCAAGACAUUCCCAGCCCUCCUUAUUCAUCUCUUAGCACUUUAUGUUGAUAAAUAUAGGCUCAUAAAUGCAUCUUUUGGGGGACUAUUUUCCUACGUUUCUGUACUCUUAGUGAAACUGAUGUGCAGAGCCAUUCUACCGAUAAAAGUUUGAAAUAAUGUGAAAAUGGAGCAUCUUUUAAUGAGCUAUUCCUUGCAUAUGUACUUUUGUCUUGAACAAAAUGGUAUCAGUGGAUUCUAUCACUAUCAGGUUAGAAUAGGCCACUUCCAUCUAAGGUCCUUCCAUGUCUUCUCCCUCACAGGUAGGACUUGUAACAGUUUGAAAGAUAUACCUCCAUGUUGCCAAAAUAGAUCCAUGGUAAAAAAAAAAAAAAAAAAAAAAAAA